UGCUGGGCCUAUUUUACUCCGCAGCAUUGCGCUCCGGUACUAACGGUUGGACAGUCGGGACAAGCUCAGUAGCUGCCAGUGAGCAAAUUCCACAACAUCGUGACAUCACCGUCUGCAGCUGCCUGUGAGCUCGUGCGCAAUCUGGCGCUGGUCAAACCUGUUAAAAAGCACGCAUUAUUAUUUAUUUUCACAUUUACGGAUUUAAAAUAUAUCGCAACAGGAGAAGUUGAAUGUCAGAAUUAGAUACGUGAGGAGGGUCAUUUUGUGUUGUCAUCAACUGGGGCGCAGCAGAAAUAAUGGAGUCACCAGCAGGCGAAACACCGAGCGAGGCAGAGUGUGCUGUGCCUGUGGAUCCCUCUCUCCCUGAAUUGAGGCUGGUGCUGCUUGGGAAGACCGGUGUGGGGAAGAGCUCGGUGGGGAACACCAUCCUGGGACGGGCUGCGUUCCGAGCCGAAAUGUCGCCCCGUUCGGUGACCAGUCAGUGCGAGAGGCAGAGGGGAAAUGUGUCCGGGAGGGUCGUCACGGUGAUAGAUACCCCGGGAUUCUUCGACACCCGUCUCUCUAGCCAGGAGGUGCUGGAGGAGAUGGCCCGGUGCGUUGUCCUCUCCGCUCCGGGACCCCAUGCCGUGCUGGUGGUUCUGCAGCUGGGCCGCUUCACACAGGAGGACAGGGACAGCCUGCAGUGGGUCCGGGCCACUUUCGGAGAGAGUGCCUCGGGGUACACCAUGGCCCUGUUCACAUGGGGGGACCAGCUGAGAGGGAAAACUAUCGAGGACUUCCUGAAGGAGAGCGAGGAGCUCCUGGAGUUUGUGGGCAGCUGCGGCGGCGGGUAUCACGUUUUUGACAACAGUGCGCCUGGCGAGAGGAACCAGGUCACAGAGCUGCUGCAGAAGGUGGAGAGGAUGGUGGAGGGGAACGGAGGGGGCUGCUACACCAAUGUCAUGUACCGGGAGGCGGAGCAAGCCAUCCGGCAGGAACAGGAGAGGAUGAGGAGAGAGAGGGGGGCGGAGCUACACCAAAAGGGGGAGGAGUUGAGGAAGUGCCAGGGGGAGGACACGGAGAGGGUGAAGCAGGAGCUGGAGGAGAGGAGAAGGGAGGAAGAGAGGGAGAGAAAGAGAGCUGAAAAGCUGUUCUGGUGUGAGCUGGUGACGGCGAUGGGGAAGGGGGCAGCAGAGGGGGCUGGUGUGUUGGGUAAAGGGGGUAAAAAGACAAAAGCAGUGCAGAAGGUGGUGGCUGUCGCCUCCACACCCCUCUCACUGACCUCCGCGGCCAAAGUGGUGGGAGGAGCCAUGAGGGAGGGAUGCAAAGUGCUUUCUAAACAUCGCAAAAUGCUCCCACACUGAAACACCGCUAAGCGCUUCCACACUGAGACCACUAAAUACUCCCACACUGAAACACUACUAAACGCUCCCACACUGAGACCGCUAAAUACUCCCACACUGAAACACUACUAAACGCUCCCACACUGAAACACUACUAAACGCUCCCACACUGAGACCGCUAAAUACUCCCACACUGAAACACUACUAAACGCUCCCACACUGAAACACCGCUAAGCGCUUCCACACUGAGACCACUAAAUACUCCCACACUGAAACACUACUAAACGCUACCACACUGAGACCGCUAAAUACUCCCACACUGAAACACUACUAAACGCUCCCACACUGAGACCGCUAAAUACUCCCACACUGAAACACUACUAAACGCUCCCACACUGAGACCGCUAAAUACUCCCACACUGAAACACUACUAAACGCUCCCACACUGAGACCGCUAAAUACUCCCA